AUUAAUAACACUGCCUCUUUAACUAUGUUAUUGUACCUUUAGUUAUCCUAAACUAGCUGAGCAAUGACUAGAGGCUCCUUGUUAUGAAAGAAUCUUUUCAUUUUUAUUUAUUGACAUACUGUGAAAGCUUGUCGUUGUCUCAAGUGGACCCCUCUGCCAGAGAGCAUUGCCAGUCUCACAACAGCCUCCUUAGACCCUACUGUGUUAUUUUGAACUAUUUCUACACUGUUUCAUGUGUUGCACUGUCAACACAGUCCACAUCCCUCCUUUAGUGGGAUCUCAGCUACGCUGCAAUAAUUAACAUAUUAUUGGACGUCACUCCAAUAGCUCCCCAUUGCAUGCAGCAACACACAGUAAUCUAUGAUACAGCGCUCUCUCAACGUCUCUCAGUACUGGGUCGGUCUGAAAGUUGGAGGAUGAUUCUGUUCUGGCUGGAGUGGAGUGUGUGGUGAAUCUCCUUGGAACUUUCUGAAAGUACUUGUAACAGCAGGAAGUUCUCCAAAAGAACCCAGCAACGAUUUACAUUUCCAUAGCACCAAAACCUUCCAAAGCUCUUCACAGGUGUGCUGUCAACAAAAUUUGUCACCAGGCAGCAGCUUUAACACAACCACUUUCUGCUCCGAAAAAGAACAAAGGGACGACAGGUUGAGAAGUUUGGGAAAGAGUGAAGAUUAAAUUUGUGAAGAUUUAUUAAACUGACCGCAACAGUGCGUCGACAAUUGAAAUCUUGGCUUGUUGGGAUCCAAGAGAAACAUGGCAGAGGUAGAAGGUGCCCAGGAAAUUACCAAACAGGGACUAGAAGAACAUCCAGUCAUGAUAUCCCCUAGUGUGUGUGAAAAUCAAGACGUGCCAAAUAAAGAGGAAUCUGGAGAUCUCACAAUAAAUGAAGAACCAUUUGAGAUUAGCAAAGCAAUUGAAGAAACAAUGGCUAUGGAGGUGCAACUGGCAAAAGCAACUGGUGCAGAGAUUACUGUUGAAGAAGAACAAGUGACUGAAAGAAAUGAAGUUCUUGGAGGUAAAGGAGAUCCAGGUCUCAAGGCAAGAAAUGAAAACAAUGAAUCUGAAGAGAAUAUCUCAGUGCAGACUGCAAUGGAACCUGAAGAAACCUCCUUACAGGCUGAUGUUGAACUUAAGACAGAACAAUCAGACCAAGACCCUUGUAGAGAAGAACUGUCUAUUGAUGGUCGAUCUAUACAAGAUGGUCAAAUUAAUCUCCAAGAAUCAGAAAGCCAGGGGUACAGAGAGGAGAUUGAAGCAUUAACGGCAAUGGAGAACAUUGGACUCUCCACUUCUGUGGAUGGUUCAAUGAGAGAAAACAUUCAAGGAUGUGAAGACUCCCAGGUACAAUGUAUAGCUGAGGUAGGAAGAUCCAAGACCACUGGAAAAGCAGAAGCCAUUCCAACUGGUUCAGGGGGUGCAACGGAUAUUCUGGUUAAAGCAGGAGUUGAGCCUGAUUGUCAAGAAGUAUCGGAUAGUACAAAUGAGACUCCUACAGGUGUGAACAAUAGUGACAUGCAAGAAGAAUGUUGCAAAGAUGCCAAACAUAUUGCAGGGCAGACAGAGUUGCCAGUCUACUCAGAUACGGAUAAUGGCUCAAUGGUAGCUAGCCAAGAUGAUGGUAAGUCAAGCGAAGGUGACAUAUUGGUUAAGGAAACACAAGGAGGAGCUGCUGAUACAUGUGUGUGUUAUGAUGAAGAGCUGCCAACAGAAAUCAAAACUGGACUGAAAGCCCCAGCAGAGAUUGACUUGAAAAUAUUGGAAAACAUCGACGCAGAUUUAGAAACCCAAAAUAAAGGUGUCGGAAAAGGGCGACAAACUUCUGCCAUGGGUUCGGAAGAAAGUCGAGAUACUUGCCAAGCGCACGCUCCAACGUGCUUGAGAAAUCUUCCAGAAUGUCUCGAAAACUCAGCUGAGAAUCAGGGCACACACUUAGAUCCAUUAGCAGAAGGGACAGGUGAAAUUCCAGUCAGCACAGCAGAUAAAUUAUCUGGAAAAAUGGCAGAAGAUGCUGAAGAAGAACAAGCAAUCUCAAACACCUCUGCACGCUCUCAGGCAACUGAAAUAGUGGAAAAGGUGGAAGAACAUGUGCCCCAUCCAGGCAAUUUGAUCAAGGCCAGCCAAGCCACGGAAUCACCAUCGAGAAGCCCCAGGGAGAAUGCAGGAGUCAGCAAUACUGGUCUGGAACAACAAUGCAAGACAGGAAUAUCAGAAUCUGAGGAUCAAGACAUACCUUAGCUAACAGAACUAGGGGACAAUCAGAUGAUAGUAGCAAGUGAACAAUAGGUAACCUGAUAUUUCUCUUGAUCCUUUGCAGUAUUUACUCAAGAAGCAUAGUUAAACUGGUUUGUUGAUAGAAUGCAUUUGCAUGCCAGAAGUGAACUUAAAUGGUAACAUUGUCAAAUGCUUCUGAUAAUGCAGCAAGUUAAAGCUGAUUCUCAGUUAUAGCUCAGUACAUAAAUGAUAGGUUUUCACUUGGGGUGAAGACCAAUUAUAAAAGGAAGUAAACCUUCCUUGUAGCUCCUGUACCUAGGAGAGACGCUAUAUCACUGACACAAUGACCUGGAGUUUGCAACAGAAGUACUGGUGAGGCUGCCAGCCACCAAAAAACCCCCCCAACAUUUCAAUUUAUAUUUCCUGCUUUAGGGGCUGCAUUCCUCGGAGUGUUCUUCAAGCUGAUCGGUGGAAGAAUCAUUCUGUUGCUUGCUCCGCUGUCGCACAAUGCAAAUUCCUUGGGAAGGAGAUCAUGUUGAAAGGGGUCCCAAAAUACUUUAAAUUGCCGCUCAACGGCCAAAGCACUCUGAGGACAAGCACUGUUCCUUUGUUAUUGACUACAAAAUCUAGGCCAAUUUGUUCCGCUUAGCAGUGAUGGACACUCAACUACAGAACGCAUUGUGAUAGCCAACUCCUCACCUGCAUCAAAAGUGUUUCUUCUUUUAACAUUACACAAUAUUUCAGAUAUACUGCAUUUAAGAAAUAUCUCUGGUCGGUUGGUUUGAGAGGUCAGGCUUUCUAAGCGUAAACAUGGACUCACACAGUCAUCAUUAAAAUAAUUUUGUAGUCUCCCUAGUCUUCAUAUUCAAUUCCUAAGAUGAGCUACAAGGUAGGGGAGAGCAAAUGGUGAGGUCCCAUUGUGCACACAUUGCCUCCUCGCUCAGCUAUGAGGUAGUGUAUGGGUGAACAAUAUUAGAGAUUAACGAUUAAUACAUUUACACUGCACAAAAUAACCUAUGCAUUUCAAAUUCUAUUAUGUGCUUAAAACUUGGAAUUAACAAAACCUGCAAAUUCAGUAAAUCCUGCAAAGUACUGCAGAUACCUACCUGCAAAUAGAGCUUUAGACUGUAAUUGAUUAUAUAAAUAGUCUUAGCCUUCUGAUGGAUACAUCCAUGUUUAAUCUUUUCUAUAAUUAAAAUCGAUAUUUUGUUA